AUGGAUUUAGUUGGUGAAUUUUAUGGCUUGACGUUAGAUACACUAAGAAUGAUCCUACCGUUAUUUCUAAGUACUUUGUUGACUGUGUCCGGCAACUUGGAGGAACUGCGAGGGUCAGAAGAGCUGAUUGCGGAACUGAGAAUGGAUAUGUUGCAGGGGUGCAAAGGCGAGAUGGUGAAGAUGAUUGAGCGGGGGAUUUCAGUUCCAUCUAUGGGAAAUCAAUUUUUAACCAUCGAAUCGAAGCCUGGUGAAGUAUACUGGGAAAAGACUGUACUAGAUGGUGGAAGACAUGAGGAGUUGCGGCCUUUAUCAUGACAAUGACUGUAUUGAAGAGUGUCUCAAGUUUUGUUUCAUGCCUAUAUUGCGAGAUGAACUUCAUGGGGCAGCAAGACUGUGGAAUCUCCAUCGAAUUCUACCUUCAACAAACUCAAAAUCCCCAUCUGGGAGGCCUGAUGUACUAUUCUUUCUCCCGGAG